GGCAUAAUGUCUACUUUGCAGAUUCUGUUUCCCCAUCUGAUUGAGCGACAUUGCGAUGCAAAGCAUAUACACAAGCAUGGCGUUGCGUGAUACCACAUGGUUGUUCCAGCCAUCACCCUCUCUUUUGACUGUCUUACCCGGCAACUGAGGUUCGAUAUUUCAGCAACGGUCCCUUCAGUCGACGAUUUUUCACUUUGCGGAGCACCCUUUCCGCCUGCUCCUUCACGGAGCACAUAUAUUUCUAUAUACCUCGGACAAUGGCAAACGGCCAAGCCAUCAGACGCUACAGAGCGACUUUCCUGCCCAGAGUCGGAACGUCCGCUUUAUUCCACACUUCGAUAUUCCCGGAAACUCCUGUUCGCGGCCGGGACUGGAAUCGGGGCCUACUUGUUUCCUUUGUUUAAAUUCUGGACACGAUAUCCAACGCUCUGGCGAACUCUCUCUGUCAGCACAAUUGGAUCAAAUGCGAGUGCUUCGAAGAUUCCCCAUUCUCGAUAUGACGAACGUCCCCAUCAGCUCAAAUCGAUUCGGUUUUGGUUUUAUUUCGCCUUUCCCGUACAACCCCCCGGCCCUGCGCCGGUUUCACCAGGCGUCUGCUGCAUACGUUUGUAUUGCAAUUUGCGAGUUGGGCAUGGAAUAAGGCGUACACUUUUUGAUUUGCCUUGGUUUUUGAACUCCCCGUACCGUGACUGGACGCGAGAGUCCGCGACAUUGGAGGGCAUUUCAUUGCCGGUUCAUGACUAGGGAUGAAAUUACGACGAGACAGGACUCGGUCCCGUCAGGCCACAGAGAGAGGGGAGACGGCCCCAAGGGCCGCAUCUCUCCUCGAGGAGGAAGAUACACCACCGACAGGCGCCAUGGGCUUGAUGUCGUCUGCAUUUCAGAUGGAUAUAGGUGGAGACAUGACGGACGUCUCACGCAAAGGGCAAAACAACGUCGACAUGUAUCUUUACAAUACCAGGACGAAUAAUCGCAAACAUGCAUUUUAUAUUCAACCCCUAUUGUGACCCUGUCCCAAGGAUACUUCUUGCAUGCAUCGUGAAGGACGAACUUAUCAUGAGUGAAUCUCCAUUUCUUCGUAGCUCGUUGUUCCAUCGCGCCACUUCCUAAGCUGCUCUCGUUCGUG